AUGGGUGGUAAUGAAAGUAAGCCAACACCAACCCCUAGCUACAAUCCGCCUAGACCUGUGAAAACUCGAAGUACUAUACCAGCCCCUGAGAGAGUCCCUGUGUGGCCCAAGAACAGUGCCCGUUGGCAGAAGCUGUAUGAUGUAUAUAUUUGCUCCAGUGAAAAGGACAUUUCUUAUGCUAAUGAAUUGCUCUUGUACCUACAGAAGCAGCCGGAAAGUUUACGCUGCUUCCUGCCUAUGCGGGACAUGAAUCCUGGUGGAGCCAUACCUACAGAGAUAACAGACGGUGCGGAAAACAGUCAUUGCUGGAUAAUGCUGCUGACCUCUAGCUCCAUCUCAGACCCAUGGUGUCAAUAUCAAAUGCACCAGUUUCUGUCAUUGGCUCCACAUGGCAAUGGGCGUUUGAUUCCGAUCUUGGUAAAGCUGCCAUUUCAACAGUACCCAAAAGAACUAAGGCAUAUGUUUGCUUACAAAGAUUGUCAAGGUGACCAGAAAGUGUUUGAACUACUAAGGAAAGCCAUAGUCACAUGUAAGUAUGGUAUUCAAAGAAUAUUUCUUCUUUUUAGGUCCUGA